AUGGCAUCCGAGCAGGCAUACGGCGUCACACCCCCGAUCUCUGUUCAACUUCCAACUGAGGCAGAACUCCGUCAGUCAGAUGCUCUUUUGGAAGAGCUCAAACGUCAAAAGACGUUUGAGAGCCCUGCAGAGACGGCCAAAAGAGAAGAAGUUCUGGCUUCAAUUCAAAUCAUCUGCGAUGCGUUUGUUCGUCGAGUCGCCCAAGAGAAAGAACCCAAAAACGAAGUCCUCAUCCGUAACGCGAGAGGCAGAGUCUUCACCUACGGCAGCUAUCGACUUGGUGUUUAUGGUCCCGGCUCAGAUAUUGAUACUCUUAUCGUCGCACCCAAAUACGUAACUCGCGAAGACUAUUUCAAAUACUUCCCCGAUUUGCUGGUCUCGAUGGCCCCCAAGGACGCCAUUACUGAUAUGGCUGUUGUAACUGAUGCUUUUGUGCCCAUCAUCAAGUUCGAAUACUCUGGCAUCAGUAUUGACUUGAUUUUCUCUAGGAUCAUCCAAAAACAGUUGGCGCCGGACUUUAAAGAUCUCAAAGAUUCGGGCCUGUUACGCGGACUAGACGAAGCAGAGCUGCGAUCUCUUAAUGGUACACGAGUUACAGACGAGAUUCUUACCCUGGUACCAGAGCAAAGCACUUUCAAGAAUGCUUUACGAGCAAUUAAACUUUGGGCACAACGGCGCGCUGUCUAUGCCAAUAUUAUGGGCUUCCCAGGUGGUGUAGCAUGGGCAAUGCUUGUUGCUCGUGUCUGCCAGCUUUAUCCUAAGGCUACGCCAGCAGUUAUUGUUAACAGAUUUUUUCUGGUCAUCAGCCAGUGGCGCUGGCCGCAGCCUGUUCUUCUCAAACCAAUCGAGGGCGGACCUCUUCCGGUCCGCGUUUGGAACCCAAAGCUAUACAAAGGCGACACGUUCCAUUUGAUGCCAGUUAUCACUCCCGCCUAUCCUUCAAUGUGCGCCACUUUCAAUAUUACCCGUUCAUCAAUGACAAUUAUCAAUCGGGAACUCAAACGAGCUCUGCAGAUAUCUGAGAGCAUCAUGGGCGGCAAACGCCCUUGGAGCGAUCUAUUCGUCAAGCAUACGUUUUUCACUGCUGGCUACAAGUACUACAUCUCGGUGAUCUCGGCUGCGAAGACGAAAGAGUCCCACACAAUUUGGUCUGGCUACGUCGAGUCGAAGGUCCGAAUGUUGGUACAGAAGCUCGAACAACACCAGUCCAUUGCUCUGGCUCAUCCUUUCAACAAGGGCUACGAGCGACACCAUCGAUGCCAGAACGAGAAACAAAUUGAAUAUGUGCAAGAAGGCAGUCUUGACUUUCUCUGUAAGGAAAACACCGUGGAAUCUUCUAUUAUCAAGAUCGAGCCUGCAGUAGCCGAGUUGCCUGUUCAGGCUGAAAAUGGGGACGAUGGCAACCCCAUCAAACCUGAAACUGCGGAGGACGGUAGAUUCAUCAAGGCUGAGAACGGUGAGAGCAGAUUGGCUAUCAAAUCUGAACAUCCAGAAGAUACCGGUCCCAUCAAGGCCGAUCCUACACAACCCGAGAUAUCUGAUAAUGCCAAACCCUCAGAAGCACCAGUGAUAGGUGGUGCAACUGACGUUUAUACGACUACACACUACAUCGGCCUCGAGCUCGCCUCUGGCGCCAAAUCGCUUGAUCUCUCUUAUCAAGUUGAGGAGUUCAAAGAACUCUGCACCUCAUGGCAAAAGUACAAGGAUGAAUUGAAAGACAUAGUAUCUAUCGGCAUUCAACACGUUCGAAACUUCAAUCUUCCUGAUGAUGUAUUCGAGGACGGCGAGAAAAAGCCCCAGAAGAAGUCUGCAGCUAAGGGCGCAGCAAACACCAAAAAACGCGGACCCCCCGAGGAAACACCGCCCCCUGCCAAAAGACAACAAUCCUCAGUUGCGGCUGCGGGCUGA